UUCCGGUUUAGAGGAAAGCUAUUUCCGCGUGGUAACUUGAAGCGAUGCUCUUGCGGACCGUACUACUAAGGGGUAGUCGAUUUUUGCUCGCACCCCGUCAAGGAAAUUCUUCCGGCCAGCAAUGUCUCAGGUGGCGGCAGCUCCUGCAGAAACGGGCACAACACAGUGCAGUUUCAGAAGGAGCUUCACAUUCCAGAGUGGCAGUACCACCUGUACCCAAUGCUGUGACAGACCGAACAAUAGGACGCUGGCUCAUAAUCUGCAGCGGUACUGUGGCUGGAGCUGUGGUACUUGGUGGCGUAACCAGGUUGACAGAAUCUGGGCUUUCAAUGGUUGACUGGCACUUAGUGCGGGAGAUGAAGCCUCCUCAAACGCAGGAGGACUGGGAGGCAGAAUUCCUAAAGUAUCAGCAAUUUCCAGAGUUUAAAAUCCUGAACCAUGACAUGACACUGACAGAGUUCAAAUUCAUCUGGUACAUGGAGUACUCACAUCGUAUGUGGGGGCGACUGGUAGGGUUGGCUUACAUCCUUCCAGCAGCCUACUUCUGGAGAAAGGGCUACUUGAGCCAAUCCCUGAAAGGUCAUGUCCUCGCCCUGUGUGGGUUUGUCUGCUUUCAGGGUCUUUUGGGCUGGUAUAUGGUCAAAAGUGGAUUAGAAGAAAAGCCAGAUUCCCAUGAUAUCCCUCGGGUCAGUCAAUAUCGUUUAACUGCACAUCUGGGAUCUGCUCUUGUUCUUUACUGCUACAGCUUAUGGACUGGGCUAUCCUUGUUGCUACCACAACAUAAGCUACCUAAAAUCCACCAACUAUUACGCCUGAGAAAAUUUGCUUAUGGGACAUCAGGACUCAUCUUUCUCACUGCCCUCUCAGGAGCAUUUGUGGCUGGACUGGAUGCUGGUCUUGUAUAUAAUUCCUUUCCAAAGAUGGGAGAACGCUGGAUACCUGAUGAUCUCCUUGCUUUUUCCCCAAUGGCAAAGAAUAUAUUUGAGAAUCCUACAACAGUGCAGUUUGAUCACAGAAUCCUGGGCAUUUCCUCAGUUGCAGCCAUCACAAUGCUUUAUCUACUUUCCAGGAAGAUCUCUCUCCCACGUAGAACUAGAAUGGCAUUUGCUUCCUUAUUGACCGUAGCAUAUCUUCAGGUCACCCUGGGUAUCAGCACAUUACUUCUGUACGUCCCAACUCCUUUAGCAGCUACUCAUCAAUCAGGUUCAUUGAUGUUGCUCAGUAUGGCUGUGUGGCUAAUUAAUGAACUCAGAGGGAUUCCUAAAUAGCUCAAGCAUUAAAUGUUCAAAAUUAACACUUUUAUGAACCAUGUCAUCCUCUGCCUGAGGACUGAAUUGAAGAGGAGAAUUGUAUAUUCUGCUAUCUUGGCUUCAUUGAUGUGGAGAACACUGCUUCAAAACAUGAAUACAAACCAUGAUCUGUUUUGCUGGCCUUUUUUGUGUUAUAAAAUUAUUGAGAUUGUAUCUGUGGAAAAAAUGAAGGAUUGUUUUGGUUAUUCCUCAUGUUCUGCAAUACAGUUCAUUAAUGAUAUAACCACAAAUAAUUUCAAUUUCCUUAAAUUCUGUAUAUAAAAGAUGGCGUGAUGUAGAAUAGGAUUGUGGAAAGAGUGGCCUUGGAAAUUUGGAAAUAUUUAUAUUAUGUGGAGGAUGGCAAAAUACAGUUUAUAUUCUAAAUUAUAUGCAACUAUGUGCUUUCAUGUUUCUUUUAGUGGAAACUUGUUCAUUUUUAAAUAUUAACAUAGUGUGUAUUAUGAGUUUUAAAUAAACAUGAUAAACAUUU